AUUUUGUAAUUAUGAAUAAUUAUUUAUUUUUGCGAUUUGCACCUAGUUUGGAAAUCUCCGUUCGUUUCUCGGUCGCAAUCGGGCUUAGUGCUAUUUUCCAAAUUGGGGUAUACGUCCUUUAAUUUAAAGUCUAUAAAUAUGGGACAAUUCCCCUUUGAUUCUAGUUCAAUUGAUGGGUGUUAAAGUGUCAAUUAUUAAUUAUAAUUACUCUAGAUCAAAAAUAAAUCAAAAAUGUCUACCACUAUUCCUGAAGUUCCUCAUGUUAAAUUAGGUGAAUCUGGUUUAUCAGUCUCCACAAUUAUUGCUGGUUGUAUGUCUUAUGGUAGCAAAAAAUGGUCUAAUUGGGUUCUUGAAGAUGAGGAAGAAGUUUUUAAAAUCUUAAAAAGAUGUUAUGAUGUUGGCAUUAGAACUUUUGAUACUGCUGAUAUUUAUUCAAAUGGUAAAUCUGAAAUCUUAUUAGGUCAAUUCCUUAAGAAAUUUAAUAUUAAAAGAGAUAGAGUGGUUAUUUUAACCAAAUUGUUUGCUCCAGUUAAUGAUGAAGAUUAUUCUUUUAAUGUUCAUAAAUCAGGAUUACCUGAAUAUGAAUAUAUCAAUUCUAAGGGUUUAUCAAGAAAACAUAUAUUUGAUGCUGUUAAAGCUUCUGUUGGAAGAUUAGGUACUUAUAUUGAUGUGUUACAAAUUCAUAGAUUGGAUAAGACUACUCCUAAAUUUGAAAUCAUGAAAGCUUUAAAUGAUGUGAUUUUAGAAGGUCAUACCAGAUAUAUUGGUGCAUCAUCCAUGAAAGCUACUGAGUUUGCUCAAUUACAAUUUAUUGCUGAUAAGAAUGGUUGGUUCAAGUUUAUUAGUAUGCAAAACUAUUAUAACUUAAUCUAUCGUGAAGAAGAACGUGAAAUGGUUCCUUUCUGUAAUGAUAAUGUCAUUGGUAAAGUUGGUUUAAUCCCAUGGUCUCCAAUUGCUAUGGGUAUCUUAGCUCGUCCUUAUAAUCCUGAUGCUAAACAUGCUAGAGAUAGUCCUAUCAUCAAUCUUUUAAAGUAUAAUGAAGUUUCUAAGAGUGAUGUUGAGAUUAUUAACAGAGUUGAAGAAACAGCUAAAAAACAUGGUGUUUCAAUGGCUACUAUUGCAACUGCUUGGCUUAUUUCAAAGGGGGCUAGUCCAAUUGUUGGUCUUAACUCUGUUGAAAGAGUUGAAGAACUUGCAAGAGCCACUACUUUCAAGUUAACUGAGGAUGAAAUUAAGUAUUUAGAAGAACCUUAUGAACCAAAGUAUUUUGCAAUCUUCUAAUCUCUCUCUUUGAAUAGAUAUAUAGUGUUAUUUGAAAUACAUAUGGUAGUUCCCCUUAUGUCAAAAAUAGGUAUGUCGUAAAUGUAAAAAAAAAUGACAAA